AUGGGCAAAGAGAACCAAACCUAUCUGACUGAAUUCAUCUUGCUGGGCCUAUCUUCAGAUCAUCGGACCCAGAUUGUACUGUUCAUGUUGUUUCUCAUUGUCUACCUGCUGACCGUGUCUGGGAAUCUGCUUAUCAUACUCCUAAUUUAUGCUGAUUCUCGACUUCAUACACCAAUGUACUUCUUCCUUAAAAAUCUGUCAUUUACUGAUCUCUGUUUCUCCACAACUAUCGUUCCCCAGAUGUUAUUCCACUUUCUGGUCACGAGAAAGGUCAUUUCCUUUACUGGGUGCUCGGUUCAGAUGUUUUCUUUCCUAAUAAUGGGAUGCACAGAGAGUUCUCUUCUCGCGGUGAUGUCUUAUGAUCGCUAUGUGGCCGUCUGCAAGCCCCUGCACUACACCACCAUUAUGACCCAGAGGGUUUGUGUUCUGCUGGUCAUGGGAGCCUGGGCUAGUGGAGUGUUUGUGUCUUUAGUAGAUACCACAUUCACUUUAUGUCUUCCCUAUCAGGGACUUAGUGUAAUUAAUCAUUAUUUUUGUGAGCCUCCUGCACUCUUGAAAUUAGCUUCAGAAGAAACUUACAAGGCUGAAAUGGUCAUCUUUGCAAUGGGUGUAAUAAUUCUCCUAGGUCCUGUGUCUCUCAUCCUUUUCUCCUACUGGAAUAUCAUUUCCACUGUGAUUCAGAUACAGUCAGGAGAGGGGAGGCUCAAAGUCUUCUCUACCUGUGGUUCCCACUUCAUUGUAGUUGUCUUCUUCUAUGGGUCAACAAUAUUUACCUACAUGCAGCCCAAUUCGAAGAAAAUGAAUCAGGGGGACAAGGUGAUCUCAGUGUUCUACUCGGUCAUAACACCCAUGCUGAACCCGUUCAUUUAUAGCCUAAGGAAUAAAGAUGUGAAAGAGGCAUGUAGGAAACUAUUUAGAAGAUAG